AUGGCUACCGAAGAGGCGACUCGCCUGCGCGGCCUACAGGCCGAUGUGCGAAACCAAGAUGACCUCGAAAGAGACAUCACUCGGCAGGCCGAUAAGGCUCUGGCCGAAAAGGCGGAGGAAAAUGACAUCAAGCGGCUAGAGAAAGCCCUUGUGGAGCGGGAACGGGUCGGCUCGGAGAUCACCAAGGUGCAUCGGCGCCUUGGACAGCCCGUCGGGGCCGCCACUCGCCAUAGACAAGAGACUGAGCUGAAAAGGUUGGAAAUGCGCAAGGCGGAUUUGGGGAAGGACCUGAAGGAGAUACAAGACCGCAUUGAUGCACGACGUCAAUCACAGGAUAAUGCAACCGCACCGCAUGGGUCGGGGCGUUUGCCAAAUGAGUCUCGCCGCGACUAUCUUCUCCGAACCGGCAAGAUCACCCCGUUUGCAUUGAUGAACGAGGGUUCCAGAGACGGGCCCCUCGCUAACCUUCAAGAUGCCCUUAUCGAUACCGAAGAUCAGCAGAAUGAAGCUGAAGAGCGCGAACGAGCCAAGAAUCUGCCGGCUGUCUCCCAUCGCGAUCUUGCCCGUCCAGACCUUGACUUCGAAACAGUUGCGCCACCCAAACGAAGAAAACUGGAUCGCCCCAGCUCUCCAGGGGCUGACUCCUCUGCGAGCUAUGUAGCCUCCGAUGAGGGUCACGUUACAUCGGAAGAUGAAGAGUUCAUGCCUGAUACUCUGCCUGACACCAAGUCAAGUCGUAAGCGCAAACCGGUCAAGGGAAAAGUGAAGAACCAACUCGAGGAUCUGAGCGGAGUUGAUGAUGGCAACGAGACUGUUUAUCAGGCUCGACUCCAGGAGUGGAUCAGUCGUCGAAGCACUGCUAGAAAGAACGCUGAGAAUUAUUCCAUCGAAGACGAUUCGCCUGAACAAGAGGAGUGGCUCAAGCCUCAUCCUACUGAACCAGCCAUGGAACUUGACAAUGGCUUGCGUGUUCCUGGAGACAUCAGUCGCUUUCUCUUCCCUUAUCAGAAGACCGGUGUCCAAUGGCUUUGGGAGUUGCACCAACAAUCCGUUGGCGGUAUCAUCGGCGAUGAGAUGGGACUAGGGAAAACAAUCCAAGCAAUCGCAUAUCUUGCAUCAUUGCAUCACAGCCAGAAACUCACCAAGCCGGCCAUCAUAGUUUGCCCUGCAACUCUCAUGAAGCAAUGGGUGAAUGAGUUCCAUCGCUGGUGGCCAGCCUUCCGGGUCUCAAUCCUACAUUCGUCCGGCAGCGGAAUGAUAAACCUUGGCAAAGAAAGUAGUCGAGAGAAUGCGCUCACAUCAGAAAUGAUGGGCAGCUAUGGCUCUCGGCACCUAUCUGCUGGCCAGAAGGCAGCGAAGAAAAUCAUCAAACGAGUCAUCGAGGAAGGGCAUAUUCUCGUAACUACUUACUCUGGGCUUCAAUCUUAUGCAGACACUCUGGUUGAUGUCGACUGGGACUGUGCUAUCCUCGAUGAGGGCCACAAAAUUCGCAACCCAGACGCUGGUAUCACUUUCAGUUGCAAGGAACUCCGUACUCCCCACCGCAUCAUCCUCUCUGGAACUCCCAUGCAGAAUAGUCUGGUCGACCUAUGGUCCUUAUUUGACUUCGUUUUCCCAAUGCGUCUUGGCAAUUUGGUCACAUUCAAGAACCAAUUUGAGAAUCCCAUCCGCCAGGGUGGGUAUGCAUCUGCAUCCAAUCUCCAAGUACAGACAGCUGCGAAAUGCGCGGAAACUCUCAAAGAUGCCAUCAGUCCAUACCUUCUCCAACGGUUCAAAGCCGAUGUGACAUCCGACUUGCCGCAGAAAAGCGAACAGGUCAUUUUCUGCAAAUUGACCCAACUCCAGCGAAGCAUCUACAAAAGAUUUUUAAACUCCGAUGAUAUGGCCUCCAUUGUCAGGGGUAAGAGGAACUCGUUAUAUGGAAUUGAUAUUUUGCGCAAGAUCUGCAACCAUCCAGACUUGGGAGACCACACUCUGCGGUCUCACGACUCAGACUAUGGUGAUAGCUCAAGGUCCGGCAAGAUGCAGGUGUUGAAAGAACUGCUUGAGGUCUGGAGAGAUACCGGCCACAAAACCCUGCUCUUUUCACAGGGCCGUCUGACGCUGGACAUCAUUGAAAAAUUCCUUGGGACGCUAGGUGGUUUCAAUUACCGUCGGAUGGAUGGCACUACUCCAAUCAAGGAGCGCCAGUCCAUGGUUGACGAAUUCAACAAUGAUCCCGACCUCCAUGUCUUUUUGCUCACCACGCGUGUGGGUGGAAUUGGAGUGAACUUGACAGGUGCUGACCGUGUCAUUAUCUACGAUCCCGAUUGGAAUCCGUCGACCGACUUGCAGGCGCGUGAGCGUGCUUGGAGACUGGGUCAAAAGCGGGAUGUUACCAUCUUCCGCCUGAUGACCAAGGGUACCAUUGAAGAGAAGAUCUACCAUCGACAGAUCUUCAAGCAAUUCUUGACCAACAAGAUCACUCGCGAUCCUCAUCAACGCGAAGGUUUCCAGCUGAGCGAUCUCUACGAUCUGUUCACGCUUGAAGAAGAUGACGACAAGGAACUAGAGACAACCAAGCUUUUCAAAAACGCCGAAGUCACUUACCAGGAAGAGUCCAAAGACUCCGGUGACAAGAAGGGUAAAUCUGCCGUGAAACCCAAGGAAGAAGACAUCAAUGAACUCCAGGGUGUCGCAAAGGUGGAAGAAUUCAAGAACACAGAAGAAGAAGACAAGAACGCCAAAACCUCCGAGGACCGCAUCAUGCAUGGAAUCUUCGCCCGUUCGGGCGUGCACUCCGCCCUCGAGCACGAUCAAAUUGUCAACGGCAAGCGAGUCAUUCGCGCAGACCCCAAACUCAUCGAGGCCGAAGCACGCCGUAUCGCCAACGAAGCUGCGGAGGAACUCCGAAAAGCCGAACAAACGGCUCGCACCCUUCCAAUCGGACUCCCCACUUGGACCGGACAGUUCGGUAUGGGUGGCCGCCCUCAGAACGGAGGUAGUUCCGCCCGACCCAGGGGAGCAGGACCUUCAUCCAGCUCCCUGUUGGAAAGACUGAAUCCUGCUGCUGCGCCCGCAGAUACCAGCUCUUCAUCUUCAUCGACGCGCAUGCCCCGUGGCAAAGACUUUAUGCCUCUGAUCCGUGAUUACCUCGCUUCUCGACGUGGGCCCACUGUCACCAAGAUGAUUGUGGAUCACUUCACCCAUUACUGUAACAAUGCUCAGCGUGUGGCCGAGUUCCAGGAGAUGCUGAAGAAGGUUGCCACCCUCACUCGUGGUCGUGAUGGUCGGGGACUUUGGACUCUCAAACCUGAGUUUGCUAAAGAUAGCAAUGCUCGGGGAAGAUGA